CGGGAGGACAAUAAAGUUUCGAAAGUUUGAAAAGGGAGGGAAAAAACCUCCCACGCCCCUUUGGCCCGGCGGGUUUGGAAGCCUGCGGCCGCGGCACAACCCGGCCCCUGGCGUGCGGGGAUGGGGGUCACGGUGGACGUGCGCCAGGUAUACAAGUACCCCUUCGAGCAGGUGGUCGCCAGCUUCCUCCGCAAGUAUCCCAACCCCAUGGAUAAAAAUGUCAUCUCUGUAAAAAUUGUGGAGGAAAAAAGAGAUGUCUCAACAGGGAUCAUCUAUAGAAAGAGGAUUGCAGUCUGUCAAAAUGUGGUUCCAGAAAUUUUAAGGAAGGUGAGCAUUUUAAAGGUACCUAGUAUCCAGUUGGAAGAGGAAUCAUGGCUCAAUCCUCAGGAAAGAAACAUGGCUAUACGGAGUCACUGCCUUACGUGGACACAGUAUGCAUCCAUGAAGGAAGAGUCUGUCUUCCGGGAAAGUAUGGAAAAUCCAAAUUGGACAGAGUUCAUUCAGAGAGGCAGGAUUUCAAUCACAGGGGCCGGCUUUCUCAACUACAUUUUGGAAACUUUUGCCAGCACGUUCUUAAGACAGGGUGCCCAGAAGGGAAUUAGAAUAAUGGAGAUGCUGCUGAAGGAACAGUGUGGUGCCCCCUUAGCCGAAUAAAGAAUCAUCAGGGGGCUGUGUUGUGCUACUUUUGCUCGAGAAUCACUUCUUGGCCAUAACACAUCGCUACGCGUGCAGUUUUCCAAAUACAAGCUUCAGGAUACAGUGUCGGCAGCUUAAAGAAGAGGAGGACUUCCUGCCAGGACGUGAAACGAUAUCCUCCCCUGGGAGCCUGCCUCAGAUAGCGGCCCUCUUGGAUAUGAGACCUUCUAGAUGGAUUUUUAUGGCACAGUGUCUUUAUGAUUUACAAAUAAAGGAAAAAACCCA